UUGAAGCGAACGCACGCGCCUUCCCUUGACAAGUUACAUGGAUUACAGUGGCUAAGAUAUCCAAUAAAAAGUGUACUUAAAGUGAACAAAAUAUAGCUUAAACUCAAAAGUGAAGUAUUUAAAUAGUGAUAUUUGAAAAUGUUCAUUGGAUUACUUGUAUUUUUCGCAUCCAUACAACAUUUAUACAACACGCAUGCUGCUUCAACAAGAAAACACGAUCAAACGCCUAUCAUCUUCCCGGGGCCGAUACAAGACCUCAGCAACCGGUAUGGGUCCGGUCCUGAACCAGUAAGGGUACCGGACGAGUGCCAGGGCAAGAACUUCUGCACCAUCAAACCUCCUGACUACCCGCAAGACAAGUUCAACAAACUCUUCAAAGGACGAAAACAAAUAUCACAGGCAUCUCUGGUGCCUGAGGACUUGUUCGACAACCGGCAGGGAGACCCCAGCGAGGCGGACGGGUGUGAAACCAAGCUCUCUUACGAGCCAUUGUACCAGGUGAGAGCCAGUAGGACCGGUGACUGGAGAACGGUAGUACAGUCACCAGAAGAGAACUUCAUUCAGAGGGUGCGAUUGGAAGAAUGCAGGGACAGUACGACCGCUUGCUUCACAAUAGCCGGGGACCUCGGCAUCGAAACAUUCUGUAAACAAAAAUACAGCGUGUGGGACAUCCUCGUGUCCGACGGGAUGAAUGGCACAGAGCGAGUCAAGACAGAACUUCCCAUCUGUUGUUCCUGCCACUACCGCCUCUGAUACUACUCAAGCACCAUAGAAUAAUGCACACUACGUGCAGAAGGGACAUUCUCCGCCCCGCACCAAUAAGUGCUAUCUGACCACGCCCUCGAGUACCCACUUCACUCCAUAAGACCUUAGAAGUAAGGAGCGUGCGCAUACUGUCUGUCUCCCUUUCACGCACGAGACGGUUACACGUGUACAAAAAUUGCAUUCGAGAUUUUUGUAUGGAGUGUGCCAGCUGAUAACAUGCUACAGACAUAGCGGUGACAGCAGUAGUAUGGUAGCAGUACAGAUAAUGUACUGAAGGUCAGAUGAUUUAGUCUAUAAAGGAUCUAUUAUAACAGCAUCUUACGUUACAUUCCCAGAAUCAGAUUAAUUUGUUUAACGUGGAUAAACUUGUUGAAGAUCAAGUUAUCAUUUUUGAAUCUGCAGAAUUUCACAAGGUUUUAUAGCUGAGGAGAAGAAAUGACAAGAAACCGCAACAGCUAUUACAUAUUUUAAAUCUAGGCAUACAAUACAAGUUAUUUAAUAUUUUGAGGUACCAGGCAUUUUCUCACUUAGGUACCUAAUCAUUAGGUAAUCUUAUAAUAAGCUUUUUUACACAAAUAUAUUCAGCCCCUGCCUCCUUCCUCCUCAUCAUCAUCACCCUAGCGUCAAUCCCGUUGUUAUUCAAUACUGUCAAUAACGUCAGGUCCAGUUUUUAUUACAGAAGCAUCUGCUAAUCUGCCUUCCUUCGUUACCAAAGGGAACAUUACCCUUUACAGGUUAGGUUAUGAUGGACAGUAAGUACCCUAUCCGUUAGAUCUAAAGUACCACGUAUAAAAUAAUGUUAAUGCCAAGUAGCCAAUGAAUGCUUAAGCCCUAUCUGUACCCAUUAGACAACAAUGAGGUGAAACGCCGUGAAACAUCUUUGUCCAUACACGUUGUUGACAACAUUGCACAACACACUGUUGUGCAACGUUGCCGGACGUGUUGCGCGAAUUGUUGCAAGCAGUUGUUGACACUUUUGUUACAGAUUAGUAGGAUUUUUUGUGACACAGCAUUUGUUUUUUAUCAAUCAUUGUACAACGAAAACAAUUACCUACUUAAUAUUGGUAGCGAUUCUGGUAGAAGAAACUUUUAAGAUAUUAUUUUUAAAAGAGCAAGCAAGUGAACUAAAACAAAAUUAAACUUGUGUCUGUCAGAAUCGACACCAACAUUAAAAUUUUUGAAUUAGGGCUAUUUAUUUUAUUACCUUAGGUUUUAUUUGCUUAUGUUAUGUAUGACAGUGGGCGUCGUACGGCUGAUGAUGAUGAUAAUGAUGUAUGAUAUGACAUGUCAAGUCUGGCAGACAAAGACUUUUAUUUUAAAAUUGUCAGUUCUAAAAAUGGCAUCGUUCAGUGAUGCGAUCAUGAGAAAAACUAUAAACUGAAGAGUCUAGCUCAGUACUUAUGUAUAUAAUAUAUAAUGGCUCUGAUUCCUGCAGUACCUCCUAAUUUUAUUUUAUAUUAUAUCCGUCAUGUUUUUAUCCGCCGAAAAGGAAAGGAACGGAUGAUUGACGGAAAGGUUAAUUUUAAAAUUAAUGAAUGAAUGAAUGAAUAACCCAGGCGAAUAAAAUAGGCUUCUCGCUGAUAUGCAACCCGUUUGAAGUGUGCUGUGAACUUUAUUCUGUCGGGUUAUUGGCCAAUACAAAAUUGAGAGAGCUUUUUAAAUUUCAACAUAAAAUUGACGUAUGUUCCAUAAAUUUUAUGCCUGUCGAUUACCUGUUCCUUUCCUUUUCGACGGAUAAGAAAAUGACAGGUAUAAUUUAAAAUAAACUUAGAUGGUGUGUACUGGAAUCAGCACCAUUACAUAAUUAAAUUUAUCUCUGGCUAUAUUGAUACCAAUUAUUAAUUAUUCGAGUACUUAGUUUUAUGAAUAUUUUAUAUACUUACAGGAUGUUAGUGACACCGUAACGAAUACUGAGGGGAAUGAUUCAGUUCAUGAUUCUGAGUUAAUAUCAAGUUGAAUUUUCCGUCCCAAAAGUAUGGAACUGAUAAUAAUUUUAAAAUGUACAAAGAGCAUGAUUUUUCGAUGGCCAACUCCAGUUGAUAUUAAUAUUCGUUAAGCCGCGUUUUCACUUUUCAUUUGGCGCGCGACAUGUUGCCCAACGUGUUUAAAUUUAGCGAGGAACUUUUGUUUACCAUCAUUGUUCAUCAUUGUUCAUCAUCAUUUUUUUUUUUGUGUGAUAGUUUACCUUUUAAUUUUGAAAUUGUAAUUUUUUAUUUUUUUUAUUGUUUUUCAUGUUCAUAGUCUUAUUUUUCUUUUUGUUUCUUUUUUAAUUCAUUGUUUAUUUUUUGUGUUAUAUUAGUUUUUAUAUUGUCUUUUUUCUCGUCAUACAGCGCAUUGGAUUACACUGUAAUGUUGUAUGUACCUUUUUAUUUUUUUAAAUAAAUAAAUAAUAAUAAAUAAAUUGUCAUGCCGCUAGAGGAACUAAAGUUGUUGCUCGUCAUGUCUCCAUUCGACAACAAUUGAUGCUCAACUAACGAUGGUCUCUAAACAAACAACAAGCCGCGCGACAAUUUGCGCUUCAGCUGGCAACGUCGCGCGUUGUUGUGCAACGUUGCUGUAUAUACAUGUUGAGCGUUACGCGUUGCGUGCGCGUCAAUUGUUGCCUAGUGAAUACGAGGCUGUGUCUGUAACACCCUGUAACCAUGUAUUGUGAAAGUUGCUAGUACUAGUCAUUGUAUAUUUUUUAUUAUUAAUAAACACUAAGAUGUAAA